AUGUCUCUAAAUACCGAAAAAGAAAAAAUUUCGAUAAUGGCCGGUCGUCAUUCUCCACAAAACAUUUCAAUAUAUAGUUUUGGAUUUGGAACGAUGUUUGGAAUAUUUGUCGUUGUAGCCUAUUGUUCAGAAUCAUUCAUGCCACUAGGAAUUUAUAUGGCAGCUUUAGCAUUAUUUCACGAAUUAGAAUAUUUAUUAACAGCAUUAUUUAAUGCUGAUAAAUUAACAUUAGAUGCCUUUUUAUUAAAUAAUGGUAACCAUUACUAUAUCGCCAAUGGUUCUGGUUUGAUUGAAUUCUUAAUCGAAUUAUAUUUAUUUCCCGGUUUAAAAAGAAUUAGUUUUUUACAUUAUCUAGGAUUUACAUUGAUUGUAAUAGGUCAAAUUGCUAGAACUCUGGCAAUGUGGCACGCUAAACAUAAUUUUAGUCAUCAAGUGGCUACUUAUAAACGUCAAGAACAUGUUCUUGUAACUACGGGAAUUUACGCAUAUUUAAGGCAUCCAUCAUAUUUUGGUUUCUUAUGGUGGGCUGUUGGUACGCAAAUUUUACUUUGCAAUCCUUUCAGCGCAAUUGGUAACCCAAAUAACCCUGAACUCAUACAAAUAUCUGCUGGUCAAUUAUAUCUCGUGAGACCAGAUACAAUUGUGAGGCGUACUGGAACAGAAUGGCAAUAUCAACUAGUUAUUGCGCGAGAUGAAAAAGCUUUCCUUAUUGAUGAAUCCAUCGAAUUCCGAAAAGGUCAUUUUGAAGGGUUGACCACGUUCUGUUGGAAAGAUCCGGCGGGAGAUCCUGAAGAAUUAUUUGAAUUCGUAUGUGAUCUAAGUACCAUUGCACAUACUGUUAAUGCUUUCGAAUACACAGUAUAUUAUUGUAUGUAUGAACGAAAAUACAAAAAAUCGCGCGAAGAAGCUACAGAUCAAGAUAUUCAAAGUUUUAUAUACUUACCGAAAAUUGAAAAAGUUGAAAGCAAUAUUAAUAAAUCUCCUUCAACUCCAAAACGUGAAAAGUCAACUACCUCAUAUUCAUCUCCUAUAUCAGCAACUACGACGCCACCCAAUCGUAGGGACAUAUCAGGUCCUUCUACGCCUAAAAAAAAUACUGUAGCUUUAGAUUUUCCUGAUUCCCCAAGUAUUGAUCUGGUUGCAACAGCUCAAGUCGAAUUACAUUGUUUUGAUCCAAAUAGUGGAGAAUUUGUAUUAAAGUCACCACUCGCAACUGCUAAAAUUAUGAAAGGAAGAUCAUAUGAAUAUUGGCUUGUUGUCGAUGAAAAUUCUACCAGACAUGUUGGACAACGAAUUGAACCAAGAAUGAAUCCUGUAUUUAAUUCGGCUCAUCAAUGCCUCAUAUGGUGCUAUUUUGGUGAAUUAAGUCAGGUUCAUUCCUUCUUGAUCCGUUUCCUAGAAAGAGAAGACGAAUAUAAUUUCAAAAGAAAAUAUACUACCAGUAUGUACGAAACUCUUAAUGAGACUAAAGCAAAAGAAGAUGAACAAGAAUAUUUAAUGAAUGCUUAUCAAGAUGAUAUUGAAAUGCCUGAUGCUGACUCAUCCGAUCAAUCAGAAACAGAAGAAGAAACUGAUUCUUCAGAUGAAGAAAGUGAUUAUCACCAAGAUAAAAAUCCUUCCGGAGAUACUGACGAUAUUAAUUCACAACUUCUUGGAAUGUUACAUGAAGAGGAUUCCUCUAUUAUUUUAAUGGAUCCUGACGAUGAACAUAAUUUAUAUAAAAUGGAUUUGGAAUGUGGUAAAGUUGUGGAAGAAUGGAAUGUUCACGAUAUAUUCCCUGUAGCAAACAUAUUCCCAAGUAACAAAUUUGCUCAAACGACUGCGGAAAAAACCAUGAUUGGAAUGUCACACAAUUCUCUAUUUCGAAUUGAUCCUCGACUUCCGGAUACGAAAUUAGUUGAUUCCCAACUUAAAUCAUAUAUGACUAAAAAUAAUUUUACUUGUGGUGCAACUGAUGAUAAAGGUCAUAUCGCUGUGGGAAGUGAAAAAGGGGAUGUUAAAUUAUUUGAUUCACUGGGAAAAAAUGCAAAAACCAAUUUGCCUGCUUUAGGUAGUGGUAUUAAGGGUAUUGAUGUAACAGCAGAUGGAAGAUGGAUUAUUGCCACCACCUCUCGUUACUUGCUUUUAUUGGAUACCGAAAUUAAAACAGAUCCAAAUAGGAAACUAGGAUUUGAAAAAAGUUUUCCAAAAUCACAAAAGCCAGUCCCAAGAAGAUUGCAAUUAAAACCAGAACAUUUAUCAUUAAUGGAAGUACCCGUAACGAGAUUCAACACCGGUGAAUCAGAAAUGGAAAAGACUAUAGUUACUAGUACCGGACCAUUUGUGAUUACAUGGAACUUUCGACGUGUUAAACAAGGUAAACUCUAUGAUUAUCAAAUUAAACGUUACGCUGAGGACAUCGUGGCAGAUAAUUUCCGUUUUGGACAAGAUCGUUCUAUUGUCGUUACCUUACCACACGAUGAUACCUCCAAUAAUUCAAGUCCCACCUUUUCCCCUGGUGUCAACGUACAUUCAACAGCUACUAUCUCCACUAUAUUAGAUAGUAGUAGUAAUUUUACAAGUUCCGACGUUCCUAUUACAAAUAUUACAAAUAAUAUUAUCGACAAGCCUAUGACCACUAUGGUUACUCCUCUAAAUAAUCAAGAGGUAGUAACUCAAUAUAAUAACGAGAGUUCCACACAAGAAAUAACCCGGGUAACACUUUCAAGCAUUCACAAAGUCGAGGGUAAUAAAGAACUUGACGCUCCAGCAAUUCCUAUCAUGCAUACCGAUUAUCGUUUAACAGUUGAAAAUGUGAAUUCUUCUAAAGUGUUUGAUGUUCCUACAAUCAACUCGGCCAUAUCACCGGAAGCUUUAAAUAGUCUUAAUGGAAGCGAAUACAAAUGUCCUAAAUGUAAUCGAUUAUUCUCCCGAAAGUUUAAUAUGCGAUCUCAUCUCGCAACUCACGAUUCCGAAAGAAUUAGACCAUUUACAUGUGAAUAUCCUUCUUGUGGUCUCUCAUUUACAAGAAAACACGAUCUCAAAAGACAUAUAAUCGGAGUUCAUGAAGAUCAAAAAGAAUUCAGUUGUCCUUAUUGUGAGAAGAAUUUCGCCCGAAAGGAUGCAUUCAAAAGACACACUUUAACAUGUGCUUUAAAUGAAACCGAUGAUGAUGAUAAUGGUGAGAGUAACUCUUCAAAUAAGAAUAAAUUUCAUAUUAAUCAUGGAAUAACAAGAAGAUCAUAUGAUUCUACUGAAAUAGGUGACAGAGUUCAUACCAGAUCGGUUAGCCGUGGAAUAAUGAAAAGAAUUAUUGAUGAAGACUCGGAUGAUUCUACUGAUGAAGUUUUGACUUAUGUCAAUGUAAGAAGAGGUAGACCACCAAAAAGACAAUUAGAUCCUGACAAUGAUGAAUCUACCACCAAUACUACUGAAAUUAAGGCAAAAAGGGGUAGACCUAGAAAGAUACUUUCACCUGAAGAGGAAUCCAGAAGGAAAUCUGCUGUUCCAAGAAAAAGAGGUAGACCAAGAAAGGAUCCCCAAGAUAAGCCUAUGAAAACCACUAUUAAAACUGGUAAGAGAGGUCGUCCAAGAAAGAUAAUUGAUCCUGAUGAACAAAAACCUGUUAGUACUAAUGGCAGAGGUCGACCAAGAAAAAUUCCAAAGGUUAAUGAGGAACCUACAUCAACUUCAACUAUUAGUCGUGGGCGUGGACGACCAAGAAGAGAACCUGAAGACAAUAAGGUUGACAAUGAAAAUACUAAUGAAGAUACAAAUGAUACUAAAGUAACUACUAACAAGCGUGGACGACCACGAAAAAUUCUUCAAACUGAAGAUAUUCAGCAUGAUCCAAAUGAACCUAUUAUUAUUAGGAAACGUGGACGACCAAGAAAAGAUUCACAAGAUGAUGGAAAACCCAUUAAGAUCAAAUCAAAUAAACGAGGACGACCACGAAAGGAUCAAGUUAAUAAACUUGAAUCACAGUUAUUGGUUUCUAAUAAUAAUAAUUCUGAUGGAGCUGAAAUUGAUGAAUUAAUUGAUGAAUUGAUUUCAAAUUAA